UAGGGAAGGGGGUGGGACCGGAGCCAGAGCCGGUGAGGCUUAGGAAAAGGGGCGGGGAAGGAUCUCCCUCUCCACCCAGCCUCGCGAGAGUGACAUGCGCCGCUGCGCUUCCUGGCGGCUGGGGAAAAGGGGCACGCGCGCUGCUGCUGGGCCAUUCGGCUGUGGUGGGAGGGUGCGAGUUGGAACAGUUCGUACGUAUUAUUGCGCCGCUCCACUCCUCGUAACCGUUUAUCACCUGCUCCGGAGAUACUUUUGCGGCUUGAGAUGGACAGUCGCAACGGUGAUUUCAACAUCCUGUUGGCCACCGACUCCUACAAGGUGACUCACUAUCUGCUGUAUCCACCUAAUACAAGCAAGGUAUAUUCUUAUUUCGAAUGUCGUGAGAAGAGGAAGGAAGAUAUCAAAUCCAAGAGGGUGCAAUAUAAUGAAACUGUGUUCUAUGGUUUACAGUACAUUCUCAAGAAAUAUUUAGCAGGCAGAGUUGUAACAAAGGAGAAAAUUCAAGAGGCCAAAGAGGUCUACAGAGAACAUUUUCAACAUGAUGUAUUUAAUGAGAGUGGUUGGAAUUAUAUUCUUGAGAAACAUGAUGGUCACCUUCCAAUAGAAGUAAAGGCAGUUCCUGAAGGAAGUGUCAUCCCUCGGGGAAAUGUCCUUUUUACGGUUGAAAAUACAGAUCCAGAAUGCUAUUGGCUGACUAACUGGGUUGAGACAAUUCUUGUUCAAACUUGGUAUCCAAUCUCUGUGGCCACGAAUUCCAGAGAACAGAAGAAAAUUUUAGCCAAGUACUUGAUGCAGACUGCUGGUAAUUUAGAUGGACUGGAGUACAAGCUUCAUGACUUUGGUUACAGAGGGGUUUCAUCACAAGAGACGGCAGGAAUUGGAGCAUCUUCUCAUCUAGUAAACUUCAAAGGAACAGACACUGUUGCAGGGAUCACGGUCAUCAAGAAGUAUUAUGGAACAAAGGACCCGGUGCCAGGCUUUUCAGUUCCAGCAGCAGAACACAGUACAAUUACAGCAUGGGGAAAAGACUGUGAAAAAGAUGCCUUUGAACACAUAAUGAAGAAGUUUUCCACUGUGCCUGUAUCAAUUGUCAGUGAUAGUUAUGACAUUUAUAAUGCUUGUGAAAAAAUCUGGGGUGAGCACUUGAGAAGUUCAAUAGAAGCAAGAAGCCCUGGAGCCCCACUCAUUAUUCGGCCAGAUUCAGGAAAUCCACUUGAUACAGUUUUACAGGUUCUUGAGAUCCUUGGAAAGAAAUUUCCACCAACUGAGAACUGUAAAGGUUUUAAAGUGCUUCCUCCUUACUUGAGAAUUAUUCAGGGAGAUGGUGUGGAUAUAUACACUCUGCAAGAGAUUGUACAAGGCAUGAAAGAACAUAGAUGGAGUAUUGAGAACAUUACCUUUGGAUCUGGUGGUGCUUUGCUGCAGAAGAUGACAAGAGAUCUUCUGAAUUGUUCCUUCAAAUGCAGUUAUGUGGUAACCAAUGGACUUGGGGUAAAUGUUUUCAAAGAUCCAGUUAUGGAUCCAAACAAGCGAUCUAAGAAAGGGCGUCUGUCUUUGCACUGUACUCCUUCAGGGGAUUAUGUUACGCUUGAAGAGGGUAAAGGAGAGCUGGAAGAAAAUAGUCCUGAUCUGCUGCAUACAGUUUUCAAGAAUGGCAAAGUUAUAAAGAGCUACACCUUUGAUGAAGUGAGGGAAAAUGCUCAGCUGAAGAUGAGUGAAUGGGGAGACCUUCCAUAAAUUCAAGUUCAUGUCAAAUAUAUAUAUGUACACAAUGAUGGCAUGUCUGCUGCGGGUUCAAUGCACAGAUGUAUGUAUCAUAGCUGUUUUAAAAUUUACCUAUAAAGUUGAAAAAAUUUAUAAAAAUGCUGUACCACAUAAAACAGCAAAAGACAGCCACCAUACCCUGAUCAUCUAGUGCAGUUUGCAUUUUUAACUAACGCUUGCUGUACACAAAUUUUAAAAAUGUGUUGCUUUGAACAGCUGCUGCUUGUGCUGUAAUAUGUAAAUUGUGGGGUAUAAUAGUGGUAACUAGGAAUUAUGAAGAUGUGCAAAUGUUGGUCAUGUGUUUGAACUGGAUAACCUACUUCACAGUGAAAAAUGUUGGCCAAUAUUGGAAGUAAUUUAAAUAUAUAUUUUGUGUACAUAUAUACCAAACUCCUUUUCAAUCUUCCUAUUUUAUGAUUUUUUUUCUCUUAAUCUAUUUUAUAAUUACAGACUCUGUUCUGGUUUGUGACUUAAGACAGUUUGCUGAAUAGGAAAGAAUACAGUUGUGAUGGUACAACCAUUUAGUAUUAUAGUGAACAAAAUCUUUUUGCACACAAAUGUGUUUAAAUUUUGAGGGGAUGGGUAGUUAAUAGUGCACUUUUUAUAGACCUAUUUGUGUGCUGAAAAAUGUAGGCUUUUCAGGAACAUAAACGCUGAGGAAAGAAAAGUAUCUAACCACAACUAAAUUUGCGGUUUGAUGGAAGAAUCAAAAAUAAAUUUAUUGUUGAAGGA